GCGAAUUUUGUUUCUCUCUCAUCAGCUCUCUGUUGAGAGAGAUGGGGUUUAUUUUUUUAUGAUCAAAAUAAAUAAGAUGAGUACGCAUCCAUUUUGUUUUGUCUUUUCCGUGGAAGUGGAUGCGUACGACCGGCCGGCUGACUGUAGGCUGAACUAUCAGUUUACAGAAUUCAGGACUAGGAGUAGGCUAGUUAGUAAGGCGCAUAAAAGAAGAGAAGACCAAAAUUGGGCCGAACUGAUUACAACAACAAAAAUUCUUCUAAAACAUCUUGGGCCAGCCUACUACGCGUCGUGAACGGCUUCCUUUUCUUCCGAUACAAGUCGCACGUACCCUGACAUGACACUGACGGAGGAAAAUUUUCGGAAGAUGCUUCUCGCAGUAAGCAGAGAAUGUACAGAACAAGAGAAGAACAUGCUGCAAGUUCUUCUCAGAAAUUACCUCAGUAACCUCACUGAGGUACAGGGUGCGAAGUCUGUCCUUGAAUUACUUGAUAUGCUCAUAAGAGAAGGGCACCUGACUAGAAAUAACUUGGACAUUCUAUACGAAUGCAUCAAGCUGAUUAAUGCUUAUCAUUUGCAAGAUAUAAUUAGAAAAUAUUGUAGCUGCCCAGAUAUAAAAAAUCAUGAAAUUAAAUUGAUUCCAAAAGAAAGACAGGCUAUAAUCGCAUGUGGAAAUGCAUUGACAAAAAAAGAAAUUGGUGAACUUGAAUUUAUAUAUAAAUUAAAUAAUUCCCGUGAUGUUUGGGACUUCUUGGUAAAACUGGAAGAUAAAUUGGACAUAGGUCAUGAUAAGACGAAGAUGGACCAAUUCUUGUCGCAAUUGAAGGAUUUGAAUAUGUCAAGACCUCUACAAAAAAUGGAGUUGAUUUUAAAGGAUAAAAGACCAGAAGAAAGGCCAAAAAGACAUUGUGACUGUCAAAAGAGAAAGAGAAGAUUGGUUGAAAAUGCAUCCAGGUUGAGACAGGCAGAAAUACCAGAUUAUUUCCCACUAAGAAAGAAUAAUCAACCUACCAUGGUAUUAAGGAGCAAAUGCCAAGAUAAUGGGCAUUGCAGCUAUAAGAAGCCACGGAUUAGUGAUGCACACGGUGGUAAAGAAAACAUUCCUCUGGACUAUUAAACAUUUUGUUUUAAAGAUUUUAAUCUAGACCUGUAUAUAAGAUUGUUUUCAAUACAAUAAUUGAAUAUUUAUUACUGCAGAUUUUCAUUAAAAAUUAACCCUCAUUUGCAUCAAAAUCCUAGGGUGCUUUGAAUUAGGUAUUGUGCACUAGAACAUAUUUUAAAUGUUUUAAUUCAAUGAAUGGUUUUGAAGCAGUGGACUUUCUUCCCUUUAUAUAAUUUAAAAUUUUUAAACUAAUGUAGUAUAUGCUGUUUACUUUUAAGCUUUAUCCAAGUCUCUCACACUCGCUUCAAUAAUUAAUAAAACUUUGAAUACAGUACAGUAUCACGAUUUCUAAUGUGAUUGUUUUUAUAUGUUAAUAUAACAAAUAAAUAUUUAAGCUUUAAUUGUUACAUUUCAUAAUAAUUUUAUAACUCUUAACCAGGCAAUGGUUUUGAUAAAAAUGUCACAAGCAUAAUUCAUCAUGUAAAUACUUUAUAAAAAUUAGGUAAAAUUCUGUACAAUGCUAAAUCAUAAUUUAAAAGAUCUUAACUGUCUACUGAUAUACAGGUCUACCUCCAAAUAAGGGCCACUUUUGGGACUGGGUUUCCAUGGUCUGUAAUUAGAAUAAUAAGAUACAGUCAAACUUGCCUAAGUUGACGUGUUUUCCAUUAACAAUCUGUAAAUCGAAAAAUAUUUCAAGGGCAUUUUGGAUUAGACAAGUUCAGCUGUAAUAUACACCAGAUAAAAGAGAUUAGUUGAUAUGGGACCAUAGAGAGGUGGUCUUAUAUUGGAGGGAGACCUGUACUCACAACAUACAGGUAUGAACUGCUUUUUUGUAUAUUGCUGGUAGAAAAUUAGAGUUACAAAAUUAUCAGUAGACAAUCCUUAGAGUGGUUAAAUAAAUAAAUUUCUAAUACAGUAA